UCUGAGCAAAGACAAGUUGGCAGCCAGGGUUCAGCAUUCUGCUCCGUAGCCACGAUGAACGCAGUACCAGGUCUGCUACUGCUGGUUCUGAUCUUUGGGACAAGGUUACAAGAAAAUGACGCCCUUCAGUGUUACUGUGAUCGCUGCAGCACCAACUCCAGCUGCACCACGGACGGCAUGUGCUAUGUGGUCAUCAAGAAGUCGGGCAACCAGCGGAUCUCAGAGCAGCGGCAGUGCAUCCCCAAGAGCGAACUGAUCCCAGAAGACCGGCCCUUUGUCUGCGCUCCGUCUUCUAGAGGGACGACCAGCAUCAUCCCUAUGUGCUGCUCCUCUGACUACUGCAACAAAGAGCCCAAAAUCGAAGUCUUUCCACCAGAAGAACAGAAGCCCCCAACCUUGGGGCCCGUGGCCCUUGCAGCUGUGAUUGCUUGCCCAGUCUGUGUGCUCGGUCUGCUGCUGGUUUUGGCCUUCUACGUUUGCCACUACCAACGCGGUCUGGGUGCCGGAGGAGCGGGGGCCCUCCACCACCGUGUGCCUAAUGAGGAGGACCCGUCCAUGGACCAUCCCUUCAUCACUGUUGGAACCACCCUCAAAGACCUCAUCUAUGACAUGACCACCUCAGGCUCUGGAUCCGGCCUUCCGCUGUUAGUCCAGAGGACCAUCGCCAGAACCAUCAUCCUCCAGGAGAGCAUUGGGAAGGGGCGUUUUGGGGAAGUGUGGCGGGGAAAAUGGCGUGGCGAGGAGGUGGCAGUAAAGAUCUUCUCAUCUAGAGAGGAGCGCUCCUGGUUCCGCGAGGCUGAGAUCUACCAGACUGUGAUGCUGAGGCAUGAAAAUAUCCUUGGCUUUAUUGCUGCUGACAACAAAGAUAACGGAACAUGGACCCAGCUGUGGCUGGUCUCAGACUACCAUGAACACGGCUCCCUGUUUGACUACCUGAACCGCUACACCGUCACCGUGGAGGGUAUGAUCAAGCUGUCGCUGUCCACUGCCAGCGGCCUGGCCCACCUCCAUAUGGAGAUCGUAGGAACACAGGGAAAGCCAGCUAUUGCACACAGAGACCUAAAGUCCAAGAACAUUCUGGUAAAGAAGAACGGGACCUGCUGCAUCGCUGACUUGGGUUUGGCUGUUAGACACGACUCUGCCACUGAUACCAUCGACAUUGCUCCGAACCACAGAGUCGGGACCAAAAGGUAUAUGGCUCCAGAGGUGCUGGACGACUCCAUAAACAUGAAGCACUUUGAGUCGUUUAAGAGAGCUGACAUCUACGCCAUGGGCCUGGUCUUCUGGGAGAUCGCCAGCCGCUGCUCUGUGGGGGGCAUCCAUGAGGACUACCAGCUGCCCUACUAUGACCUGGUGCAGUCAGAUCCAUCAGUUGAGGAGAUGAGGAAGGUGGUCUGUGAGCAGAAACUUCGCCCAAAUAUUCCCAACCGCUGGCAAAGCUGCGAGGCUUUGCGGGUGAUGGCUAAGAUCAUGAGGGAGUGUUGGUACGCCAACGGCGCCGCCCGACUCACCGCUCUGCGGAUCAAGAAGACAUUGUCUCAGCUCAGCCAACAGGAGGGAAUCAAGAUGUAGUCCAGAUGCACACAUCUGACUGGCAUCACUUCAUAUGUGUCAUCAUGAGUAUCCAUCCCAUCUUCUUCUUCUGACGGGAAGUUAAAGACAUUUCCUGUUUCAUGGUUUCCUUCCACUGACUGAGGAAUGUGAUGUCUGGAUGGAUAGAUAUGAUGGAGGACACUCGUGCCUGAAGGGGAUGAUGGAGGUGUUAAAGGAAACCUCUGGUCACUCAUCUCUCUGUUUAUUUAACGUCGUCAUCAUCAUCAUCAUCAUCAUCAUCAUCGCCGCUCUCUUUCCAUUAAAGCUCGUGCUCACACUCUGACCCUGAGCAGAACCUCUCCAGCAGGGCUGCAAGCCGAGAUCUUUUCUCAGUCCAAAUCUGUUGCUUAGGGAAACGGCAGCAGCGUUGAAUGUUUGAUCUUAGCUUGUAAAACCUUCACUGAAUUUUGAGCAGUCAGUAACCUGUGGGGAGGGGGACAGAAACACUAUAAACUACUGAUGAGACCAAAAAAUCUGUUUGAAUUUGGGCUUCAUUUCAGAUUCCGGAAAAAUCAGAUGUUUUUUUUUAGAUGAUUUAAGCUAAUAAAUCCCUCUAUUAUCAGUGUAGAAAUGCAUCCGCCAGCUACAUCCUUCUAGUUUGACUGAAAGUUAAAGAAUUUCCUAAAACAUUUGGCUAUUCAAAGGGAAAUUUUUUUGUUUUACUUUAUGUUGGAAAGAAAAAAUGUUUCUUUGAAAGAACCUCACCUGUUUCCUGAAUUUGUUACAUUCAAAGAGAAAAGUGAGUCCAUCUGUAAGAAUCCGAUUCAGAGGUCUUCUAUUCGGGCCACCUAGUGGGAUAUAAAAGUACUGCAGGCAGAGUAAUAUGUAAGCAAUAUUAAAUGUAGAAAAUACGUUUGAAUGUUGCCUUUACACGGGUACUGAAAGUUUGUAUGACUUUAUUAUUAUUUUAAACUUUAUUUACCUCUAAAUUUUACAGACUAAAUCUUCAUUCGAUGUUAAACCCCCUAUUAGCUGCUAAACUUAUAAAUACUCAGGUUUUCUACAUUUUCAGAUGAUCUGAUUAGUUUUUCUUGUAAAUAUUAAAAAAAAAGCACAGAAGCUAUUUUUCCGCAGCCAGCUGACUGGCAGUGCACAGCUCAGAGUGAAGGAGCUGUGGUGACGAACCGCUGGCAUCCUGAAGCUGGCCCAUUUUUCCCCAUUAGCCGAUGGCAUAGCGUCACAGUCCCGACCCCUGCAGCCCUGCUGUCGAGUUCUCCCACAUUCGAUGAGCAACUGAACGUCUCAUCUUUGUUGAUGAACCUCUUCUUUUGUGUAACGUGUUUGUUUUCUUCCCCUCUGUGCUGUCAGGGGACUCGAACAGGUCAAUUUAAUUUAUUGUGAAUUCUUUUUCUGGUGCCAGGGGACUUUUUCCGCUUCAACUCAACCGGACGUGGUGACCUCAUUCAUCUUUGGUGCACAAGCUGAAACAUAUGCAAUAUACAGUAGAUAAAUGUGUCUAUUUUCUAUACUCUGCUCUGCUUAACCAUAAACCAGACCAACAACAAUCAGCUGCCACCAUGCCUUCCAAACCAGCUGUUACCGGAAAGUGCCAGUGCUUAAAAACCCAACUCCUCUCUCAUGUCGGCUACUGUGGCAUGCUUCCUCUCCGUGUGCAUGCGACACACAUGUGCAGUCUGUGCGUGCUGAUCUAAAGUAUGGCGAGCUUCUACUAUGCACACCCCCUGAUGUAGGGACGGGUAGCAAAACAAGGAAUCGCGUUUGGUUCAUAAAACAUUGGCAGCAUCCACAACCCAGCCGACGCUCUGGUGCCAUUUUUAUCCGAUAUAUCCUCCCCUCCUCCUCACAGAAACGGCUUCUCAUCCAGCCCCGCCCCACGGCGUGCUGCCUUCCAGCAUCUGGCUGCAGUUGGAAAACACUGUUGUUUAAAGUGGCGAUCACAUGGAGCAUUACGGAUGUUUCUCUGGAAGUGAUUUUAGUUCCUAUUAACCUGGAGAAAAGGUUCAUUCAGUGAAAGCAACCUGAUAUUGACUAAGCCAUAGCUUCUCCAGGGGUUUCCUCUCAUUUUCGUCGCAUGGUGUCUUUGUUUGUUUUUGGUUUUAUCAGAGGCUAUGUUCACACUGCAGGCCUUAGUGCUCAAUUACGUUUUUUUGUGAAAUCCGAUUUUUUUUAAUGAAUUUUUUUUGCGUUGCUGCUCAGUUCAAAAUAUAUGCGACUUGUAUGUGAUCUCCUGUGUGAACUGGAUUCAUACAACGCAAGCGUCCCGCAUAUGCAGUAGAUUAAAAACACAAUCUUUUCAACAAAAUAAUACUCUCCACAUCCUAGUCCACCAUGGUUGUUGUUUUUCUUGCCGCUUCUGCGUAGCAAGGUGCAGAAUAGUGACCUUGUUCAGUAUUAAUGCCGUUCAGGUCGGAUGAAUGCGAACUUGAUGUUUUAAAAAGAUCGUAUCGGAUUCAGUACCACAUAGUCAAGUGGGCUUGGACGCAUUAGAAUAAAUCGGAUGUGUGUUGUUCAGACUGUCCUGAAAAGAUCGGAUACAGGUCGGAUAUGGGCAAAAAAAUCGGAUUUGGUCACUUCGGGCUGCUUUGUGAACGUAGCCAGAAUGUACGUUUGUCGAUGCAUAAAAGGAAAAAAACAAACUGAGCAAGCCUUAAGGGACCAACGCAAAAG